AGGUGGGUGCGGUUUGUAAGGGACAGAGCAUUGGGGGACAGAUGGUGGGGAAUUGUACUCUGAAGGACAAGUGACAUGUGAAAAUUGGAGUGAGAAACCGAGUCUAGGUAUGGAGAGGUUUUUAUAAGUAGAGGUGUACAGGUACGUACUGCUAACAGUCAUAGAUUGAGAAAGAUUUGGAGGAGAUGACUUUUUUGUUUUGUGUUUUCGAGACAGGGUUUCUCUGUAGCUUAGCUGUCCUGGAAGUAGCUUUUGUAGACCUGGCUGGCCUCGAACUCACAAAGAUCCUCCUGCCUCUGCCUCCUGAGUGAUGGGAUUAAAGGCGUGCGCCACCACUGCCCAGCUGAGAUGACUUCUUUUGAAAAAUUAAAAAAUAAUUGGAUUUAGUCAGAAUAUGAAAGAUAUUGAAUAUUUAAUAAGAAGUGUGAAGGCUUUAUUCUCUAGGUCAUCUGUGAUUCAUAAUAGUUGUCAGCGUAGGAAAUAAGAUCUCAUAAAGUUCUUAGGAAAAUGUAUCUUCUUGAGAACUUGGAAGGAAGGAAAGAAGGAAGGAAGAGAGAGAACUUUCCCACAGGCCUUAAUCAACCUCAACCCCCCCUUCAUCAAGUUCCCUAUUCUUAUUCAGCCUGCCCACCCCAGUUCUUCCCAAUUUCAGCUUGAGUACUUCUGGCAUCACUUUUUGGAGGAAUACUGUGACAAUAAACUGCAUGUAUUUAAAGUAUACUGUCAUUCUUUUGUAUCCUGGAGGAAUUGGUUCUAAGACACCUAACAGAUUCCAAACAUGUAGAUCCUCAAGCCCUUCUCUUAGGGCACAAUCUCUGCAUAUGACCUGUCCCCGGCCUGCUGUUACGCUAGUCAUCCUAGACACUUAGCUAAUCCACUGUAAAGACAGCAUAAACAUUAUGUCGUUGUCCUGCUGUAUUGUUUAGGGGAUAAGACAAGAACAAAAUCUGUGCACGUUCUUUGAACAUAUUUAAUCCACAGUUGCUUGAAUCCACAGAUGUAGAGGCCACCUGUAACUGGGUAAGUUUUAACAUACAUGGAAAUUCAUAAAACCAUUAUCAUGUUCUAAGUGGUGAGUGAACAGAUCCAUGGUGAAAAAACACACUUUUGUAUCUUAAAUUUGAAUCUUUUCAAAUUUACUAAGAUUCUUUGACUUUUCUUUUUCUCAGAAUAUUAGCCAUCAUAUGAAUAAUCAAAGAGUGCUGUAGAGGAAGGUAAACUUGUUCAUAUUGGUUGAAGUGUCCAAUACAUAUGUUAGUUUCCUAUAAUCACAGAAGCUUAGUUUGCUCAAAGCCGUAGAGGUCGAAAAUCUAAAAUGAAGCUGGUAAUAGUGGCACAGACUUUUAAUUUCCUAACACUUGGGAGGCAGUGGCCAGCCAGGAUAAUAUAGCAGAACCGUCUCUCAAACCAGCCACCCCAUAACAUAAUCUUUGAGCCCACAGGAAUAUUUAGGGAUGUUGUGAAGAUGUAAAGAUCUUACUUUAAUUUUUUUUUUGGCCAAGUUAAUUGUAAUGAUAUGAUUUAGUGAUUACUUGAUUGUAUCUUAGUUAAUUUGAGAAAUGCUUAAACACAGGGCCUAUUCAGAGCUGUUGUCUUCAUACUGAAUUUUAUUCUAUAGCAUGGCACUGUUUCAGUUACUUUAUGCUUUGGUGUCCUUUGAAUGUAAUAGAGCAGCUGGGUGCGGUGGCAUGCGUUUAGUUGCAGCACUGGGGAGGCAGUGGCAGCCUAAUCUCUGAGCUUUAGGCCAGCCAGGGCCAGUCAGGGUUGUCACACAGAGAAACCCUGUCUCAAAACUCACCCACUCACACCCCACCCCCCACAAAUGCAAUAGGGCAGUCUCCUCAUCCAUCCCAUUCUGUAAUAAAGUUGUUGGAUAUUCCUGCACGUUAUAUAUAGUAAAAGUGUUAUUGAUGAUAGCAGCUAUAGUAUUAAUAUUUGCUAUGUCUUAGUACUCGGAGGUGUAGAGGAAGAACAAGGGCAGCUUUGGCCGGUAACACCUGAGCACCUACUUAGAUACCUAAAUUAAGUACUUCACAGGGAAAAAAGGUUUUGGUUUUGAACUGCUUCUUCUAUGUCUGGCUGGCCACUCUGCCUUCUUCCCAGAGUUCUCUGCAUGGAAGUCCCACCUAUGCCCCCUGCCUAGCUGUUGGCCAUUCAGCUUUUAUUAUACCAAUUACAGCAGUACGUUUUCAUGCAGUGCACAAAUAUCACACAACAGUUCUAUUUUAAGUUUUUCCAAAAGUGAACAUCCUAGUGACCUACUAGUUUCACUUAUAUCACCUGCUUUGCUUUUAUGGAUAGUAUUAAUUUUUCUUAUUUCCUGAUUCUAAGCAGUAGAACAUUUGAUGUUCUAGGAAUCAGUGACCUUUAAGGAUGUUGUCGUGAACUUCACCCAGGAGGAAUGGAGACACCUGGAUCCCACCCAGAGGGAUUUGUUCAGAGAUGUGACACUGGAAAAUUAUACACACCUCGUCUCUAUAGACAGAUUCCUUUUUUUCCUCCCUCUGAGCAGGACUCCAGGUUUCCAAACCUGAUAUGAUUUCCCAGCUAGAACAAGGGACAGAGCCAUGGACAGAGGAGUCGUGCGUUCCUGUUGGUUCCAUGGAAGACUGGAAGAUAAGACCUGAAAAUAGCGUGUCACCCUUAGAGCGUGACAUUUCUGAAGGACAUCCGUCUUCUGAGGCCCUAACAAACAGCUGCAAAAGGGCUGGUUCUUACAGCUCCGGCAUCUUAGAAACGUGGAAGGCUGGCGGGAGUUUAGAGUCGCUCCAGGCAAACCAGCAGACUCGGCCAAUAACUGCGAAAGCAGUACCCUCGUGUGAGAGCAGUCUCGGCCUGAGUUCAAGCCUCGUAUCACAAACGGAAGGAGUUCUCGAACAAACUUCCACCAAAACAAGAGUCAAGCAGAACUCACAGCCCGCCCCGAAAGAGAAGCUGUGUAAGUGCGGCGAAUGUGGCAAAGCUUUUACCUACUGUUCCGCUCUCGCUCGCCAUCGGAGAACGCACACUGGAGAAAAGCCCUACAAGUGUAACGAAUGUAACAAGGCUUUCAGCCGAAGUGAAAACCUUAUCAAUCAUCAGAGAAUCCAUACAGGAGAUAAGCCGUACAAAUGUGACCAGUGUGGAAAGGGCUUCAUUGAGGGCCCGUCUCUCACUCAGCAUCAAAGGAUUCACACUGGAGAAAAGCCCUAUAAAUGUGACGAAUGUGGGAAAGCCUUUAGUCAGAGGACCCAUCUUGUUCAGCACCAGAGAAUCCACACCGGAGAGAAGCCAUACACUUGUAAUGAGUGUGGAAAGUCCUUCAGCCAGAGAGGUCACUUUAUGGAGCACCAGAAAAUUCAUACAGGAGAAAAACCCUUCAAAUGUGAAGAAUGUGAAAAGACCUUCACCAGGAGCACACACCUUACCCAGCAUCAAAAGAUUCAUACUGGAGAGAAGACCUAUAAGUGUAACGAGUGUGGGAAGGCCUUCAACGGGCCUUCAACGUUUAUCCGUCACCAUAUGAUUCACACUGGAGAGAAGCCUUACGAGUGCAAUGAGUGUGGCAAAGCCUUCAGUCAGCACUCAAACCUGACUCAGCAUCAGAAGACACACACUGGUGAGAAGCCCUAUGACUGUGCAGAAUGUGGAAAAGCCUUCAGUUACUGGUCAUCCCUUGCCCAGCAUCUGAAAAUCCAUACAGGAGAGAAACCCUACAAGUGCAGUGACUGUGGAAAGGCCUUCAGUUACUGCUCAUCCCUCACUCAGCACCGAAGAAUUCAUACUCGAGAAAAGCCCUUUGAGUGCGGUGAGUGUGGGAAGGCUUUCAGUUACCUAUCCAACCUGCAUCAGCACCAGAAAACCCACUCCCAGGAGAAAGCCUAUGCAUGUAAGGAAUGUGGGAAAGCCUUUAUUCGGAGCUCAUCUCUCGCUAAGCAUGAGAGAAUUCAUACCGGAGAGAAGCCUUAUCAGUGCCCUGAAUGUGGGAAAACCUUCAGCUAUGGCUCAUCACUUAUUCAGCAUAAGAAAAUCCAUACCGGUGAAAGACCUUACAAGUGUAAUGAAUGUGGUAGAGCCUUUAACCAGAAAAUACACCUUACACAACACAAGAGAAUUCACACAGGAGCAAAGCCUUACGCGUGUCCCAAGUGUGGUAAGACCUUCCGACACUGUUCAUCUCUUGCACAACAUCAAAAAACUCACACAGAAGAAAAACCCUACCAGUGUAACAAAUGUGAAAAAGCCUUUAGCCAGAACUCCCACCUGAUUCAGCAUCAGCGGACUCAUGCCGGAGAGAAGCCCUAUAAGUGCGAUGAACGUGAAUCGUUUCCCCAGAGCGUGCUCUUACCCGAGCAGCAGAGUGCUCACCCCGGAGAGAAACCGGACAGCUGUAACAGAUGCCCAAGGACUUUGAGCCGGAACACUUACCCUGCUGAGCAUCAGAAGAUUCACUCAGGAGAGAAGGUUUUUGGGUGUGGUGACUGUGGAAAAGCCUUCAGGUGUCGCUCCGCUCUCACCAAACACCAGAGACUGCACCCCGGCAUAGCUGCACUAGGAGCAUCAUAAACGGCUGCUCUACUUGCUUUGGUGCAUAGUGAAUCAGGGUGGGGUGAGGAGCUCCUUAAAGUAUUUUAAGUUCUCCCUGUCUCAUGAUGAGAUAGGCUAUUGGGCUGAACUAAUCCAGAUAUGUUAUUAAACAACAUUGGAACAAGUGUCUUGUGUGGACGAGGUGAAAUAAAAGAUUGAGAGAUGAUUUGAAAGGUAUCCUGGAGUUUUAUACUUAGUUUUGUAUAUUUACAAUCUAUUCCUAAAUAGUUGCGUUUUAUGCAUCCACAUUUUGUCUUGGAUCUACAUGUUUAUGCAUGUUUUUCUAGGAGAAGAAAUCUGUGCUUUAGUAACUAGGAAUUUGUUUUGCUCCUGUUCUAAUGUACUGAACAUUAUUCAGGAAAUUGGCCCCUUAAAUAAAAAUAAUU